AUGAGUACGCUAUUAAAUGGAACUGCCUUCAUCACUGGUUCCGGAAGCGGAAUCGGACAAGCUUGUGCCGUCGAAUUUGCUCGGAGUGGAUGCACCGGAAUGCUCAUCACUGAUAUCAAUGAAGUGGCGCUGAAACACACUGUCAACUUGAUCUCUGAGACAAACUCCAACAUCGAGGUUUUGACGGAGGUAGCUGACAUCACGGCCGACGACGUUGCAGAACGGUUGGUUCAAAGAAUAGUAUCGCGCUUCGGGCGACUGGACUAUGCAUUAAACGUAGCAGGUAUUUCUCUCCAAGUCGCUGUCAAGGAUGAAGCUGAUGGACAGAGUCCAGGCAUUAUCGGAAAACAAGCCCCGAUUCAUAAGUUGGAUCUCAGCACCUAUAAACAAGUUAUGGAUGUUAACGCAGAGUCGGUUUGGCUGUGUGAGCGUGCUGAGGUUGCUCAGAUGAUGAAACAAAGCCUUGGGCCUACGCACGACGGAAGACCAGGCUGUAGAGGCGCGAUUGUCAACAUUGCAUCUAUAUGUAGCAUGAUCGGAAUGCCCAACUCUACUCCCUACACCAUGUCUAAACACGCUGUUCUCGGCAUGGUGAGAUCGGACUCCACGACAUUCGCUAGCCAAGGGAUUCGAGUCAAUGCAGUUUGUCCUGGGAUCAUUGAAACUCCGAUUAUCAAUCCAGGUGCUGCGAAGUUUGCUCUGGCGUAUGUCGAACAGUUCACCGCCAUGAAGCGCCUAGGAACAGCACAAGAGGUUGCAGAUGUUGUUGCCUUCCUUUGCUCCAGCCGAGCAAGCUAUGUAUCUGGUGCAGGCUUCUUAGUUGAUGACGAAGUCAAUGAGCACACGAUCCAAAUGACCAACGGCAUUUUGUGGGCUGGCUCGAGCAUCAGGGAAGGAAGCUCGCUUCCAGACAGCACUUUUAACGAAUGGUAUAGCAAAAUCCACAUUCCAGACAUUUUGGAUACUGGCAAGGUCGAUUUUGCCAUUCGUUUCAAGGCCUUAGAUGCAUCACGGCAACAUAAAUAUAUGACUGUCUACGAUGUUCCCGAUAUUAACAGCCUGCAAAGCGAUGAAAUCAUGGGACUUUCUGUUGUGCACCCAAUUCCUGGUGACUAUGAUGUUGCCAGCGCUCUCGAAAUUGAUUUGAGGGCAUAUGAGAUUGUGCAAACGGUCGAAAGUGCGAAUGCAAUUGGGAGACAAAGUCGAGGAUUAGUUACAACAUGUGUGGACGUUCCUGCCGAACUUGACCAGGAAUUCAACGACUGGUUCAAUCAGCAGCAUCUAGGUAAUGCAUAG